CCAACAGCCGACCGUCAUCGCCAGCCAAACACCGCCACCGCCACUCACCGGGACUGCCUACGCCGCAAGAGACGCGUAUCGCGCCAGCACCACUAACGUGAAUGAGAGGAUCGCCAUUAGCGUGAGCAAUAGUCCUCUUUCUCAAGUUGGCGGAGUUGGCGGUGUCGGGGUAGUGACCGCUGUCGAAUACAGCGGCAUGGGUACCGGCAGCAGAGGCGAUCGGCCAAGGAUAUCUCUCCUGCCGUCCGUCGGGUCCUCGGUAACGCCGAUACCGUCGCCGACUGCUGCUGCGUCGGAUUAUCAGCAGCAUGCGGUGGCGGCAGCGAGGAAUCCGUCGCGAGUGGGCCUUAUGCCUGUCCAACCGGAUCAGUAUUGCAGUCGUACCGCCGUCGAUAUGGCCACUUUGCAGCAGGAAGCGCCGCCCUUCAAAAAGAUUCGCUUGGGUCAGCCUCAUCAACAGGGGCAGCUGCAGUCGCAACCGCAAUCUCGCUGUCAAAGCUUGUCGCCCGCGGAUCACUGCGGUAACAAACAGGAACAACAGCAACAUGUCGUGCAACUACAACAGCCGCUUAGGAUAGACACUAGGGAGCAGCCUCCCGUGGGUGCGUACACUCCGCAAACAGAAGCCAUCUCACCAACGCUUCCGGAACCGAAUCCGCAGGAAGAUGCGCAGUUUAGGAGUACCAAGGACGAUUUGCUGCAACAAAUCGGCAAGGUAGAUCGAGAAAUCGCCAAGAGGGAGAGUCAGUUGAAUAAUUUGCGAAAAAGGUUAAAAGAACUGGAGGAAACAGCGAACAAGCCUUUGGAAGCGAGCGGUCUCAAACGAAAUAUCGAAGAACAAUCGCAACCGAAGCAUCAAUCGUUGGCGCAGAAGAUUUACGCUGAAAAUAGGCGAAGGGCAGAAGAUGCUCAUAAACUUUUGGAAAGACUGGGCCCCAAAGUAGAACUACCUUUGUAUAAUCAACCAUCGGAUACGAAUGUAUAUCAGGAUAAUCGCACGCGACACCAGACCUGCAUACGAGCUAAGCUUAUAUUGAAACUUCGAAGGGAACAUGCCGAACGUGCUGCCCUUCAUUCGCAACAGUCGCAAACGUACGCCAUUUUGGUUCAGGAAUGGCAUCGCAAGGUGGAACGUUUGGAGGCGACGCAGAAAAGGAAAUCGAAGGAGACGAAGAAUCGCGAGUUCUUCGAAAAGGUGUUCCCCGAGUUGCGAAAACAGAGGGAGGACAAGGAGCGUUUCAAUAGAGUUGGUGCUCGUAUCAAGAGCGAAGCCGAUCUUGAGGAGAUAAUGGACGGCUUACAAGAACAAGAGAUGGAAGAUAAGAAGAUGCGUUCAUACGCAGUCAUACCGCCUCUGUUGUUGGACGCGAGGCAGCGGAGGAUCGCGUUCCAAAAUCGAAACGGUUUGCUUCAACCGGAGGAAUUGGAGGCGCUGCACAGGGAACGUAAAUUGAUAAACGUGUGGAGCUCCGUGGAGCACGAAUUGUUCAAAGAAAAAUAUCUUCAGCAUCCUAAAAACUACGGAGUGAUAGCUCAAUCGAUAGAACAUAAGUCCGUUCCAGAUUGUGUACAUCACUACUACCUCACCAAGAAAGCAGAAAAUUAUAAACAGCUUCUACGAAAAUCACGUCAACGUACACGUAGCUCUCGAAAUAAUCCAAAUAAUAAAGUAAAUAAUACUAGCUCGGCUAUUGGACCUAUAGAUAUUUUAACGACAGGAGUAACAACACGAUUGCAGCGAGAACAACAACAGAAAACUCAGGAGAAUCCUCAGAAUACGGCGUCGACCGCGUCUACAUCAACAACGAGCACCACCGUGACAUCGAGCGCAUCGUCGACGAGCAUUUCUUCAGUAGUAUCGACGACGACAACACCUGUGAGCUCGAUAUCGUCUGGCGUUAAUGUAACGGCGGAUUCCAUAACAGCAUCAACGACAACGACAACGACAACGACAUCUGUUCUGAACACUACUUCGACGAGUGUCUCGGCGACACCUACGACGUCCAGCGCGAAGGAUUCCAAAGAGACAAGCAAAGAGAUCAAGGAGAACAAGGAUUCGAAGGAAUCUCAUCUCACGAAAAUAGAUACGAAAGAGGAAUCGCAAUCGGAGACGUCGUCGGGAAAGGACGUCAAAGUAAUAAUGGAAGGAAAAGGUGCGUCAUCGUCGUCCUCGUCCGCGGUGAAUGUUAACGCGACGAACGUCUCGACAAUCCAAUCGGACUUCAAGGAAUCCAGCAAGAAGAAACCCGGUAGCAGGGACACGGGGAGUGGUGCUAACGUGGCAGCUAGCGGCAGGAUAAAAGACAAGAAAAAGGAGAAUCACAUACCUAUGGAAACCAGCGACGAGGAGGCGCCUACGAUCGACGUAAUCGAGAGUGGCAGACAGAUAGGACCUCACGCUUGCAUUGUAUGUCAAAACGUCGUUGAUGGAAGCGCGCACAGUCGCGCGUUACCGCGCAGCCAGGCGUCGCAGUACGGAUUACGGGAGGAUCAGGUGCCUCCUGGCGCACGUGUUUGCAAUACGUGUAGGUGCAAGGCCGUAAGAGGACGUUACACAGCCUGUCCAUUGCCCGGCUGUCCAAAUCUGAGCAGCUCGAAGUCCAGAGUGAAACGGCUCAGAGCCUUGCCCGCCAAAUGGCAGGACCUGCCGCCGGAAAUCCGCGAACCGAUAGCUCAGGAAUUCCAGAUACCAAAUAGCGCGACAAAAUGCUGCUCGGCUUGCUUUAGCCGUAUAUCGCGUCGUUUGGCACCUCAUCUCACCGGUAGCACCGAAGUGUCUGAGGACGGCGCCGACGCGUUGUCCCGACAAUGGACGGACGAGGAAUUGGAACAGCUUCGAAGAGCGCUUCGCGAACACGGCACCAAUUGGCCGAAAGUCGCCGAGCAGAUACCCGGCAAGACGAAUCAUCAGUGCAAGAAUUAUUAUCUCGCUUAUCGAAAGAAGCUCAGCCUGGAUCAAGUUGUGGCCGAGUAUUACGCAUCGUUGGGCGAAGAACGAAGACCGUGUCUAACGGACGAGGAGGAAAGCGGCAGCAGUACCAGCAGCUGCGACGAACUUGUCGUACACGAUUCGAGUGAUACCGCUAGCGCAGGCAGUCCUGCGGCCAUGACCGGUAACAAUCAAGGAGUAACAUCUCACGAACCCACAACAGCGUCGACGUCACUACCGAUGUCUUUCCAACGAUCCACGGAACAGAAAAUCGGUGAAAAACUCUCGGACAUAGCGGUAGUGUCGCUUGUACCACCUGGCACUUCUCACCAGUCUUCAAGCACAACUGUCGCUGCAUCUAGUGGUGGCACCAGGGAAGAUUAUGAUAGUUCUGCCACGGAGACAGCGGACGAAGGUCAGGGAGGUGCUGAUUUAGAUAAUGGCGGUGUUGUAGUCACUCUGACGUCCGCCAAUAACAACACGCCGUCAUUACAACAACAAAAUCAGCGACACAAACAUGAGCAUCCGUCGGUCGUUCAUUCGCCACCAAAUAACGAUCCUAUUACUGUCAAAGAUCUUAUGGUUGGUGUAAUAGAAAUGCAAUUAAAACGUAAUUUUAACAGUCCAUCCGAUAGCGGAUCAUCAGCGCCUAAUAGCUCCGCUACACCGACAAUAUCCAGUAUUUUGAAGACGGAUCAUCGUAAUGACAUAGCAUACGUUCGCAGCUACAAAGCUAGCUCGAACAUAUCGAAUAAUACUCCGUUAUCGUCCAAUAGAGACUCACUCGCAACGCUUUCUGUUGUUUCGGGACCUCAUCACAGUCAUCGUUCUGCCCCAAGUCCACAACAGAUCGGGCAAAUGCAAGCCACCAUUACACCCUGUCCGCCUGCACCACCCAGUAGUCAAGCCUCGUCAUCGGAUUUACUCCCUAAGGAAGGUCUGGUUGUUAUGCAAGUACAACAGGCUCUUCGGGAAACGGAGGGUACGUUGGAUUUAAGCAUCAAGAAACCUCGAGUGCAACAAGAAUAUAAUCACUCGAUGCAAAUGCACAAACCACCGCCUACGGUCACGUUGUAUCGAUCAGAACCACCUCCGAGUGCGUACUAUCAUUCUCAUGCGCCUCACCCUGAACAAGGACGCGGCGCGAAGAGUCCUCUGGUCUACUCUUCAUCACCGCGACCGCAGGCUCCCAUCACACCGAAGAUGAAUAAAGUUAACGUACCACCGCCUCACCCGAAAUUGUCGCCAAAAUUGAGCAGCAUGGGUACACCGGGACACAAGGGUGGUUCUAUCACGCAUGGUACGCCAAUGCGUUAUAACGAUCUAUUACAGAGUUUAUUGAAGCCUGAACCUCCGGCGGGUGGUGGUAACGCCAACAUUGCUGAACGUGGUAGCAGUGGCGGUGCUGUCAAUACUUCCGCCGGUCCAGGGGCUCCAAAAGAAACUGGAGGAUCAAUUACUCAAGGUACACCGGUAAUGCCAUUUGCAAUGGAUAAACGCGGCGCGCCGAUGUAUGACUAUCAUCGCCCCAUUCGACACUCGCCUGUCACGGGCGGCAGCAACGUUCCACCUCCGGGACAAGUUCCCGUUAGUAGUCAAGUGGCGUCGCCGGCCGUCGUGGUAAGCCACGGUGGUAGUCAGUAUAAUUCUUACUCAGCCGCCGCGUGUCCACCGCCUAGUUACACAAUGGAACAGCAAUUGUCAAGUCGGCAAAUCAUUAUGAACGACUAUAUUACUAGCCAACAAAUGCACGCACGCGCCCGGAGUAGUGGUGGUGGCGCGUCUGCUGCCAACGAGACGGUUAAGAGCGAACCGCCGCCACCACCAUCUUCAACUCUCUAUUACGCUAGCACGCCUCCUCCACCGCAGACGCAUACGCAGCCACGACAAGGCGUCAUUCAGAGGCAUAAUCCGCAAAAGCAGAUGCACUAUCCGCCUCCGCCACCGGGUUUGGAGGCAUUCUCUAGUCUGGUGGAUGUGGCAGUGCAGCAACCAAGUCUUCCGGUGCCGCAUCCGCAUGGUCAUCCAGCCGCGACUGGCAGUAGUGGACACGAAGGUCUUGGAAAAACUAUGGCCGAUCGUUUGAUGGCCGACCGUUUUGAUAACAACCGGGCAUUUCGGGAGCAAGACAUACGGAUACAACAAGAUCGUCACAUGACAAUGCAGGCCGAACACAGACUGGCGAUGGCAGCUGCAGCGGCGCACCAUCAGCGCGAUCAACGUGACAGGGAACUCGUUCAUUUGCGAGAGAAAGAAGCGCAUCGUGAAAAGGAACAACAGCACCUGCACCAGUUGGAACAUCGUCUUGCAAACAUCCAGCGGGAGAAAGAUAUUCAGCAGCAGGAACAUCGUCUUGCGCAGCAGCGAAAGGACAUGCACGAGCACAAGGAUAUGCACGCUCGUUUACAACAAGCUCGAGAAAAGGAGAUCCAGCACGAUCGAUUUAUUCAUCAGCAGCGAGAGAAAGAAAUUCAUCAACAAAUGGCGGCGGCAGCAGCAGCGCAACGCGAGAGGGAGCACGAACAGCAUCGUCUGCAGCAGCAGCAGCAACGCGAGAAGGACAUGCAGCAAGAUAGAUUCCUUCAGGAGAAAUUUAUUCAGCGUGAAAAAGAAAUUCAACAAGCGGAACAUCGUCUGGCUGUGCAGCAAGCGCAUCGCGACCAUCGGGAGCUCGCGCAUCUACAGCAACAACAACGUAUGGAAGCUGAUAGGAGGCAACAAAUGCACCUCUCCAUGAUGUGUCACAGAGAUCAGCAACAGCAACAAGACAGAGAGUCGUCGAGAUUAUUGAGUAGCGGAUUCUCACAGUCGUCUCGACUGCAGUCUCAGCAAUCGCAGCAGCAACAACAGUCGUCAUCGCGACAAAAUCAAUCCAAUCAACAACAAAAUGACUCGUCGACUCUCACCGCUGCUACUAUUAUAGAUGCAAUUAUUACACAUCAGAUCAAUCAAGGAUCAAAUGAGAACUCCGGUGGAAGCGGUUCUUCAGCGAAUCAGCCGACACGUGCUGGCGAUCGUCUUUUUCAGGGCUUUCAUCGCGAAACGCAGCAAGAGCCAAACGGUAUAGCUCACAGUCCCGCUGGCGAAGGAAGUGGCAGCGGUAACGCUGCAAGUGGCAAUGGUAGCGGCGGUAGCAAAACAGCAAUGACCGUCGGCGAACACGUCGAUCGUAUUGUAUCUAAGGAUUAUGCCACACAUCAGUCAUCGUAUCUCAGAUCUUAUACGACAUAUCAAAUUGAGGAAUCGUCGUGGAAGAGACGUAAACUUAACGAGUCUGACCCAGUGAAGAGCGGAGACGAGAUGAUGCGAGCUUUCACUCGGCAACAGUUCGAACAGACGCAGCAACAGCAGCAACAACAACACCAGUCCUCCGGAAAGCAACAGCAUCACUCGGUCGAACCGGUUUCGCCGCCGGAAGCGACUACCAAUCAUUACGGACGUCACUUCUACGAAUCGAGCACUGCCACAUCUAGUUCCGGAACUCCUUCCAACAAGCCGCAUCAGAUAUCACCGUUCGAUUACGUGAAGAAUAAGAUCGUCGAAGUGAUGCGCACCGAAGAUGAUAAGGCCGCCGGUGGUGGCGAUGUUGGCUCAGACAGAAACGGAAGCGGCAGCUCUAUUGUUACAACCGAGAAGGAUGAGAAAGGGGCAGGUGCGGGAAACGUAGAGAGAAGCCCGUCCGGUAGCGGUGGUGGUAGCGGGAGUGGCAGUACCGGCGAGAUGGUGGUUGAUGACACAGGCAAUCCGACUCGUGAGCAGCCACCACCCCCGCCUACGCCCGCGGCUACCACCACAUUUUAUCCGUUUAGUGCGCUAGGAGUGCACACGGGUCCACCUCCAGCCCCGCCACCCGCCGCGACCACAUCCACCUCGGUGAAGUCGGAACAGAUGCAGGCCGAGCCAGCGCCUUUACUAUCCGCGCAAUACGAACCGCUCUCGGAUGAGGAUUGAUAAUCGUCUUCUAUUGCCUAUUCAGCUGUAGCGUGACUUACUCCAUUUAGUGCAUCAACAUACAGCUAUUGCGAGAAUAUACAGAGAGAGAAAUGCUGUGACACACGUUUCUUAGUCUAUUAUUCACUAGUGAUUAUCGAUUGUGCGAUAAUUGAAUUGGACGAUUAAUUGACGCUGAAAAAAAAAAAAAAAAAGGUCAUAAGGAAGCCUAUAACAUUUAUGCGUUAUUAUCAAUCGCCAAAAUUUCUAAUUUAAGAGGACUUCUUCUUUUUAUAUAUACGCAUAUAGUUAUACAUAUGUAGAUAAUUAUAUAUAUAUACACAUAUAUAUAUAUAUAUAAAUAUGAACAUUGUGCGAUCUCCAACGCGUGUGACGAGUGGAGAUUAUAACGUAUGUAAUGUUUUAAAAACAAAGUCCCUUCUCCCCCGCCCGAUAUUGUUGUUUUACAAAUUCUGUCUUUAAUUUCGUUAAUAUAUUUUUAGUCAAAAAAUAAAAUAAAAUAAAAUCAUUCCCGCGGAGCGCAAAAGAAGAAAGAACAAUUUACAAAUCAAAUAUUUGAUUUUAUAUUUAUGUUUUUCGUGGUGUUGCUGCGUCAGAGCUUUCAGAGUUGAUUAUAUAUACUGACACUAAUUUUAAUCUAUCAGUUUACUUUAUAUAUACGGUGUAUAAUUUAUAAAUGCCAAUAUUGGAGAUAUUAAGGUUUAUAUAUAAAAAUAUAUUAUAAACAUGAAACGAAACACUAAUUACAAUUUAAUCGCCGAUCUAAACGCGUGAAUUCCUGUUUUUUUUUUAAUUCUUGCGAAUUACAUGAGUAAUAUCGAAUUUCAGUUUUACGAGAACUCGUGGACGCGAUAGUUUAGAAGAAAAAAAAAAACAAACUGUCGAAAGAAGUCGUUAUACAUAUAAUCGUUAUAAAUAAUGUAUACUCUCUCGCCUAUGUGUGUAUAUAUUUUUUCUACUUUUUAAGUUUUUUUUUUUUCGAUAUAUUUGCAGACGCGAUACAUGAUGCAUUUCGUUUUUGGCAAAAAAGAAAAAAAGAAAAACACGAUGUAAAAGUAAAACUUUCGAACGGAUACGGGUCUAUUGAGUCUUUUCAUUUUUGAAUAUACGCUCGACGAAUCCCGUUCAAAUCGAAGUAAAAUUUAUAUAUAAAAUUUUUACAUCGACUUGGACUCGGAUAAAGCCCGCGAAAAUGACAUUUGAUGCCGCACGUAAUUCGAUCUAUGGAACAUCUAGGGCUGUAAUAUGUACAUCUCAUGUUCACAAUAAACAGAAAAUCCAGACGCUUCUUUUGUACAUAAAAAUGAAAAGUGUGUAAUUGUUAAGAGAGCGCGGUAAUGAUGAUAUAAACGCUGAUGAGGGCGAUGUGUGUUUUUAUUUGGAAUGAAUCUGUGAUGUAUCUGGGAUUAAUAAGUUCAACUGUGUUAUAUACCGGUGCAAAGUGUAGUCUGUAGUCUGAACUGAGAUUGAGAGAGUAUGAAAAAAAAAAAAAAAGAAAAAUAAGAAAGAAAGUACAGAGGGUUAGAGAGACAGAGCAAGAGAGAGAGAGAGAGAGAGAGAAAAUUCUGAAAAGAAAUACCGUACAACUUAUUCUGGCACAUGUGCAACACAGCGAAACCGAGAUAUUUUGUGGCGACGAGAAUUAAAAAACAAAAACGUUCAACAUCGUUUCUCUUGGUGAAAAAUGGGAUUUAAAGAGAGAAGAUAUAAAUAGAAAAAAAAAAAUUGUAACAUUAAGUGUUGUAAAUAGUACAUAUUAAUUAUUAAUUUCUAAGUUGAGCAAGUAAAAUAUGAUGACUAGAUUAUCCGUACACACGCUAUUGUAAUAAGGAGUUUUAGGUUUAGCGAUUAAAAAAAAAAAAAUCGACGUAGCUAGCAUUUUAGGGGUUUAGACAGACACGAACUGAUUUUAGGGAAAGAAAAAAAACUACAACAACAACAACAAGCAAACUUUCUCCCGAACUAUGUUCUCUUAUUGAUAAAUGACGACGAAAAAAAAAAAA